AUGGGUCAACCUCAAGAGCACACUCAAGACCCAGCGUCACAAUGGAAACCCUCCUGGGCGUAUCUCUUUACAUUCUGCAAUCGUCAACACCUCCCGAUCAUAGGAAUCGGAAUUGUCGCAGCUUUUAUCUGUGCUGCAUUUCGUACAGCUCUCGCAGUGGUUCUCGGUCGAAUGUUCCAAGUCAUUUCGGACUAUGGCGCUGGAUUGUCGGGCACACCAGACACCAUCCUUCAAACCUCACGACUGGGUAUCAUAAUCUGCUGCCUCGGACUAGGGGCUUUUUUCGGCAACACAAUUCUCUUAACGAGCUGGGUGGCCUUUGGUGAACUUCAGGCAAAAGUUGCGCGAGAGAGGAUAUUUGGGAGGCUGCUUGCCCGAGACAUGAGCUGGUACGAUAAGCAGGCGGACGGCAUACCCGGCCUCCUCGUCAGAAUCGAAACACAAAUCCGAGAACUACAGACUGCGACGUCCCAAGUCCUUGGGUUUCUUUCCACUGAGGCCGUUACCUCGAUUGCAUCCUUUGCCCUCGCCUUGGGCUUCUCCUGGAAGCUAACACUCGUGCUUAUUGCUACCGUACCAUUGGCAGUUAUUUCUCUGGCUUUGAUUAACCGGAGACUUCAGUCUGCAAUUGCUCAGCAAAAUCUGCAUCUCGCCGAUGCUUCCAAACAACUUCACGCCUGCGUCGCCGCAAUAGACCUAGUCAAGGUAUUCAACGGGUGCAGCCAAGAGAUCCGGGCGUACAGUAAGAUCAUGGAUGCUUCUGUAGACCAGUAUUUGGUGCAAGCCCGCUGCAACGCUCUUCAGAUAUCUGUCACAGGGGCCUGGGUCUCUUUGCUCUUCGUUGGCGGCUUCUGGUUUGGUCUUUGGCUUGUGACGAAAGAGGAGAACUCCGCGACGAUCAUCACAACAUUCUACGCUACCCUAACAGCACUAGGGGGCAUCUUCAACGUGCUUCCCCAGUACGUUGUGCUUGCCAGGGGCAUAUGUGCAGCUCAGAAUCUCAGGCAGAUAAUACGAGGACCAUUGGCAGAGGGCCCACAAGGAAAGCCUGCUGCCGUUCUAAGUCCCAAUUUUUGUGUUGGCGAAGUGCAAGUGAAGCAAGUGAGCUUUGCAUAUCCAUCUCAACCACUCAAAAUGGUUUUGGAUAGGUCUUCUUUCUAUUUCCCCGCCGGUGAAACCCGAUUCAUACUGGGGAGUAGCGGCUCUGGGAAGAGCACGUUGGGUAGCCUCCUGGUCAACUUAUACGAGACUCUCCCGGGCAAGAUAUUCAUCGACGGACGACCACUCGAGACACUGGACAAGGAAUGGGUGCGGAAGAACGUUACCCUGGUUCAGCAAGGCAGCCAACUUUUUGACAACACAUUCCUCUGGAACGUUGCCUUGGACCAGUCGGUAACAGCAGACUCCGUCAGAGCGGCAUGCGACAUGUCUCUUCUGCAGUCCACUCUCUUGUCUCUGCCCUGUGGAGUCUACACGAAGAUUGGCCCAUCUGGGCAUAGGCUCAGUGGUGGGCAGACCCAAAGACUUGCACUGGCACGAGCUAGACUUAGAGAUUCGCCGGUUCUCAUAUUAGACGAAGUCACUAGCGGUUUGGACCGGGGAAGCACGCUCUUGGUCAUGGAGGCAACCCGAGCUUGGAGAAGAGGUAAAACGACAAUCAUCAUCACACAUGAUAUCUCUCAGAUUGAACAAGAUGACUAUGUAUACGUCAUGGACCGUGGCCGUGUCGUCGAGGAAGGCAUCCGUGGCAUCUUAUCCCGGGAUCCCCACGGCCGAUUUGCGACUUUUAUCACUCACUCAAGUGAGAAACUCGAUCAUCAAGAAGAAGACACAGGGACUGGACGCAACUUCUCUUACGGCUGCUCGAUUUCCCCUCUUGUUGGUCAACCAGUCCAUGAAAUGACUCAACAGGCUGACGUGGAUGAAGGACAUCGAUGGUUGUUGCGGAGAACACUUUUCGGAGCAGCUUCAUUUUCGACUGUUGUCUGGAAGGGGGACAAAAGGCAUACCGCAAUUGAUCACAGACUCGAUAGCCCGAUCUACCAUCAUAAAAGCCAAGGUCCGCUGAAGCCCCCCAUCCAUACACCAGAAUGGGGCAUGAUUCCAACUGAUUCUACUGCACAUCGGUGGCGGCCAAGCAUCGAAACUGUGCAGACUGCGGGGAAAAUUGUGCAGAGUGCCCGGCAAAAUAGCACUGCACGCCGUCGGUGGAAGCCCUGUGAGCUCGAUUGCGGCAUGGACGAGGAAGUGCAUUCGUGCAACCUAGAGCAUAAGAGGACACCAGGUGAACCGCCAGGCUGCGAGAUCAAGUCCAUCUGGACAGUCAUCUUAACAAUAUUGCCCAACUUGACUUGCAAAAACAAGCUCAGGCUCAUUGUGGGCUUGGUGUUUUGCUCCGUCGCUGCAGGUUGUACGCCGGUGUUCUCCUUUUGCUUUUCUCAACUUCUUGCGACAUUCUGGGCUGCUGAAAACCAAGUGACCGCUGGCCGAGAAUGGGCCAUCUGUCUAAUCAUGGUUGCCAUCAUAAGCGGGGUGUCUAUAUUUCUAGGACGGUACCUUAUGGAACACGUUGGUCAGGCUUGGGCAAAUGCUCUUCGUCUGGAAGCCAUGAAGGGUGUUUUUCGACAACCAAAGUCAUGGUUCGAUGAUUCCAAAAACUCGGCAAGCGACAUUGGCGAAUGCUUGGACAGACAUGCAGAAGAGAUGAGAAACCUGGUUUCGCGCUUCAUACCUGUCGUUGCUAUGGUCGUAGUGAUGGCUACCAUAUCGAUCACAUGGGCACUGUCGAUCUCGUGGAAGCUCACAAUGGUGGCCCUGUCCAGUUUGCCUGUCCUUAUAACUGCUUCCAUGGGCCUGUCUAUUGUCGGAACUAAGUGGGAAGCAGUUUGCAACGAGGCGGCAACAGAGGCGGCGUCGGUCAUGCAUGAAACGAUCACCAACAUCAAUUGUGUCCGGGCUCUCACCCUGGAAAGGCACUUUAGCGAGAGGCAUGCCCAGUUAGUCAAAUCGACAUAUAGACUCGGGCUACAGAGAGGGCUGUACUUGGGACCGCUCUUCGGUCUUAUUCAAUCCACCGACUUCUUCGUUGUUGCACUCGUAGGCUGGUACGGGAUGUAUCUGACGGCCCAAGAAGCCGAAAUGUCACCAAACAGCCUCCAGCAGGUGGCAAACCUUCUUCUUUUCUGCAUUGGCCAGGCGACCGCCUUGAUGCAGAUGAUGCCUCAAGUAUCAGCAUCGCAAGCCGCGGCGGCUCGUGUGCUCUUUCUCGCGACGCUCCCAGACCCAAGCUGCCCGUCAAAGGGUGACCCCGGUCAGCCAGCAUCGUUGUUCCCCAUCAUAAUGCGUAAUGUUGAUUUUGCCUAUCUUUCGCAGCCCUCGCACCAAAUCCUGCGGAGUGUCAACUUGGACAUUGGCAAUGGGAAGUGUGUGGCGAUAGUGGGACCAAGCGGGUGCGGCAAGAGUACCGUCAUGUCUCUUCUCAUGAGGUUGUAUGAACCCUAUCGGCUGCAUUCAACAGACGGGAUCGAUUCGGGCCAGCUUACGUAUGGAGGUGUGGCGUCGGACCAGAUAUACGGGGAGCAGUUCUACUCGCACAUCUCUUAUGUGCCACAGACGCCAUAUCUCUUCCCUGCGACGGUAGCGGAUAACAUUGCAUACGGCUUGGCCGAAGCCUCACCAUUGCGCCAUAGGAGCAAUGUGAGAAGGGCUGCGCGGGAGGCGGGGAUCCAUAACCUUAUCGUCUCCCUUCCCCGGGGUUAUGACACCGUCAUCGGCGACGGCGGUCAGGGCCUCUCUGGAGGGCAGUCACAGCGAGUCUGCAUAGCCAGGGCGCUGGCACGACGGCCGCGGCUCAUGAUCAUGGACGAGCCGACGAGCGCCCUGGAUAGCUUGUCAGCAGAAAGGAUUCGAGAGACCAUCGCUGGUAUCUUGGCAGGCGCGGAGGAUGGUGGAAUGAGCAUUGUGGUUGCAACCCAUAGCAGGGAAAUGAUGCGUAUAGCUCAACAUAUCAUCGUGAUGGAAGCUGGCCGCGUGGUAGAUGAGGGCAGCUUUGAUGAGCUGCAGCUCCGCAGCAAGGUCUUUUCAACUCUCAUUCACCACUCAUGA